AUGGCAUCCAUCCGCAACGACGACGGCACCGUCAAUCUCGAGGGUGUCUCGCGCCACGUCGAGCAUCUCAAAGGCAAGUACGCUCAGAACGCAAAGAACUACGAGGCCAACACCGGCAAGAAGAUGUCCUUCAAGGGCGCCGAGGACGUCGGAGCAGCUUCGGGUACACAGGGAGAGAGCGCUGGCGAACAAGGGCCAGAAGUCGCAUCGCAGACGGAGUCGAAGAGCCAAGAGCAAUGA